CCUUCCUCACUUCAAGAUGGCGUCCUCAAAGCGACAAGAAGGAGACGCAGAAGCGCUCAGACAAUGCGAGAUUUACGUCGAAAAACACAACAUUCAAGGCGUCCUCAAAGACUGUAUCGUCCAGUUAUGUAUUUCUAAGCCAGAAAAUCCUUAUAGAUUUUUCAAGGAGUAUUUCGAGAAACUAGAAAAGGAGCAUGACGACCGAAGAGACGAAGCGUCAAGACUUGAAUCAGAACCAGAGCAAAGAACAGAAAUAGAGGAACAACCUCCCUCAAAACCUUUCCAAAGACAGCGACGUGGAGCAGUCAGUGCCGCUCCUAUAACCGAAGAUGAAGCAACUUCAUACGUUAAGAAGGUCGUCCCCAAGGACUACAAAACAAUGGCUGCCCUUUCCAAAGCCAUCACCAGGAAUAUUCUUUUCUCGCAUCUGGACGAAAAUGAACGCAGUGAUAUAUUUGAUGCAAUGUGCCUUGUAAAGCAUAGCGAUGGGGAGAUUAUUAUCCAACAAGGUGACGAAGGAGAUAACUUCUAUAUCAUUGACAGUGGCGAAGUCGAGGUUCUCGUUAACAAUGCUGUGGUGAACACCAUCAGUGAAGGUGGUAGUUUUGGAGAACUCGCUUUGAUUUAUGGCACCCCAAGAGCUGCAACAAUCAAGGCAAAGACAGACGUGAAGUUAUGGGCCAUUGACCGAGUCACUUACCGUAGGAUUCUCAUGGGUAGCCAGAUCCGUAAGAGGAGGAUGUAUGAACAGUUUCUGGAGAAAGUCAGCAUUUUGGAAUCUCUCGAUAAGUGGGAAAGACUGACUGUUGCUGAUGCUCUGGAACCAGUUCAGUUCCAGGAUGGCGAGGAGGUUGUCGUACAAGGAGAACAUGGGGACGAAUUCUACAUCAUUGUUGAGGGUUGUGCAGUGGUACUUCAGAGACGUGCACCAAAUGAGGAUUUUAUCGAGGUCAGCAGACUAGGGCCGUCAGACUAUUUUGGAGAGAUUGCUCUGGUGCUUAACAGACCACGUGCAGCCACAGUCACUGCAAGAGGGCUUCUUAAAUGUGUCAAGCUGGAUAGACAACGGUUUGAACGUGUGAUGGGUCCAUGUAAUGAAAUCCUUAAGCGAAACAUCCAACAGUAUAACAGCUUUGUUUCCCUCGUAGUGUAAGCGAACCAGCCACUGAGCAAACCAACCUUCAAAAGAGUACAUGUAUAAAAAAUCCCUAAAGUAAUCUAGUUCUUUUUUGUAAGCCUGUUCUGUUUUCUUGUUUUCUCUAAUAUUAUCAAGAUAUCAGUUUUGUUUGAGGCAAGAAAGAACAGGAUAUACAGUCAUUCCCUGUCAUAAUGGGCACAAAGAAGGUGUAAUAUUAAUGGGUGUCCAUAUCAAAUGGAGUCAAGCAGGGAUCCACAUUAAGUGUGUGCUUACUGAGAGGGUGUCCAACCUAAAUGGGUGUCCAUGUUGACUGGGUGCCCCUCGUAAGUGGGUGUCCCUGUAAAAAGAGUUUCAUGUCAAGUGCGUGCCAUACUAAGUGGGUGUCUAAGUUAUAUGGGUGCUAUGCUGAAUGGAAAUGUUGCCCUUGUCAAUAUUGGUUGUCCAUCUUAAUUGGGUGUACUUGUCAAUUGGAUAUCCAUGUCAAUUUGGUGGUGUCCAUGUGAAGUGGGUGCCAUCAGGGGUAGUUCCAGGGGUGGUAAAAGGGGUGACUAGUCCCCCGCUCCCUUUUGCUCAAAUUUCUAAGUAUAUUGUUAGUAACAGUCACCCCCCCUUUUACUCGCAUUCUUGGUAAAACCUUUUAAUAGUCACCCCAUUCUAAAAUUCUUGGGUCUGCCCCUGGCCAUACUUUGUGGGUGUCCAAGACCAAUGCAAGUGGGUGUCCAUAGGAUAGGGAACUUGAACAUACUUGUACAUGUUGAAACUAAUCUAUUAAAAAGAUCAUAUAUCAGACCUUCAGUAA